GACUUUUGUGAUAAUUUGAAUUUAUUGUUAAAAAAAAUCAUUUUUAAAAAUAAUUUUGUGAAAAAAUGUGAAGUAUAGAAAAAUAUAUGAAGUUUUGCGUAAGACUUCAGUUCGUUAUUUAUGGGAAAAUUAUUUGAUGCCGAAAGAAUGGAGUUAUUGUCAUUAUUUAUUUUUCUUCAACUUCACCUAUCUAUUUAUACACUGGAUAUAGAUGAUCAAGGAUAUAUUUUGUAUUGCCCCUGCAUGGGACGAUUUGGAAACCAAGCUGAUCACUUCUUGGGUGCAUUAGGUUUUGCUCAUGGAAUUAAUAGAACUCUCGUCUUACCUCCUUGGGUGGAAUAUAGGUAUGGCGAAACAAGAUCAAUACAAAUUCCAUUCAGUACAUAUUUUAAAGUGGAACCCCUUCUGGAGUAUCAUAAAGUAAUUACAAUGGAAGACUUUAUGAGUCAAUUUGCACCAACUCUAUGGCCUCCUGAAAAACGUGUAUCAUUCUGUUAUAUGGCAAGAGGAAAUUCUAAUGGAUGCAAUGCUAAAGAAGGCAAUCCCUUUGGUCCAUUUUGGGAUACUUUCAAUGUUGAUUUUGUUGAUUCACAAUUCUAUGGACCAUUAAACUAUGAUGUUUAUAAUCGUGGAAUGGAUUUUAAAUGGAGGCAGAAGUAUCCGGCAGGCGAAUGGCCAGUGUUAGCAUUUACUGGAGCCCCAGCUAGUUUUCCAGUUCAAAUUGAAAAUCGUGUCCUUCACAAAUAUCUGAAAUGGAAUGAUAAUAUAACAGCCCAGGCUAACAAUUUUAUAAAAACCUCUUUACCGAAAGGAAGCUUUAUCGGAAUUCAUUUAAGAAAUGGCAUGGAUUGGAUAAGAGCUUGUGAACAUAUAAAGCAUAGCAAUAAUUUAUUUGCUUCUCCUCAGUGUUUGGGGUAUAGGAAUGAAAAAGGAGUACCAACAAUGGAUAUGUGUUUACCACCUACAGAACUAAUCAUUCGUCAACUAAAACGAGUUAUAAAAAACUUUAAGGACAAAUCUAUAAAAUCUGUAUUUGUUGCUUCUGAUAGCAAUCAUAUGCUGACCGAAUUGAAUACGGCUUUGAAGCGCAUGAAAGUUUCGGUAUUCAAAUUUGAGCGGCCUAAUCCUCAUGUGGAAUUAGCGAUUAUGGGUCGUGCAAAUUACUUUAUAGGAAAUUGCAUUUCAUCUUUCUCUGCAUUUGUGAAACGUGAACGGGAUUCUAAAGGUUUUCCAUCUGGAUUCUGGGCUUUUCCAACAGAGAAGAAUAUGAUACAUGAGGAAUUAUAAUAUAUUCAACUUUAUAUGUAUUUAUAUUAACCAGUAUUAUGAUAAUAAAUGAUUUGAGUGAUGCUUCAAAA